GAUAGUGCAGGCCUUCCCAGCAGCAUUUGCCCCUGUCAGUCAACCUGACUGCCCCCCUUCUUAUCAGCUUACCCCAUAGGUUGGUCUCACUCUUUUUCUGUCGCUCUCACAUUAGUCCUGUUUGUGUCUCUGUUGACCAGUUACUGACUGCUCUCCUCUCAGCUGUUUAUUGCAGCCAACUGAUCAUUCAAGUGCUGGACUAAGAGACACCUGUCUUGUUGUGGUCCCAGAUUCAAAGCGAGGACACCUGCUUUUCCAAGGAUCAUUUUUGCCAGGAGUUUGGAACAAGUGUCUGGAUCUCAUCUUGGAAUAUCUUCUCUACACUGGACCUUGUCUAUUGGAGGCCAUUAUAAUUGGUGCAUUCCCUACUGUAGCAGUCUGAGUGUGUGUACGUACAAGUGGGUUUGAAUUUGUGAAGGGGGACAAAUAGGCUAAGACCUGCAGUGCUGGACUCCUGCAGUGAUUGCAGGGUAAUUCCUCACUAGUUGGCCCAGUCUUGGCUGUAAACAUGGCAUCGUUGAGAAGUUUUAUUCUUGCGCUGCUGCUGGCGCUGCUAUGCUCCUUCCACACCCCACUGGCUCCCACUGCCAAGGCACAGGAUCUGCCAUUCCGCUCCGAGCAAGGCCUGGUGGCUGAUGAUGACGACGACGAUGAUGAUCAUGACGACGACGACGACGAUGAUGAUGAUCACGAUGAUGAUGAUGAUGAUGAUGACGACGACGAUGAUGAUGAUGAUGAUGACGACGAUGAUGAUGAUGACGACGAUGAUGAUGACGACGACGAUGAUGAUGAUGACGAUGAUGAUGACGACGACGAUGAUGACGACGAUGAUGAUGACGACGACGACGAUGACGAUGAUGAUGACGACGACGACGACGAUGAUGAUGACGAUGAUGAUGAUGACGACGACGACGACGACGAUGAUGAUGAUGAUGAUCAUGAAGAUGAUGAUGGCGACGACGAUGAUGACGAAGACGAUGAUGACGAAGACGAUGAAGACGAUGAUGACGAUGAUGACGAUGAUGACGACGAUGACGAGGAACAUGACGACGAACAUGACGAUCAUGAAGGUUAUCACAAGGGCUCUCUGUGCUCAUAUUGUGACUUCUGUGAGCACUGUGACAGCUGUGAUAAAUGUCCUUGUGAAGAGGGAGACAAGUCUGAACACUGUGAUGAAUGCAAGAUGUGCGGUUACUGCCAUGUGUGUCCUGCUUGCCAAACUCUUUGCCAGCCUGGAGGUUUUCUUGAUGAAGUGACUGGAUCAAUCUACAAGACUGUAGCUGAUAUCUUUGAAGAUGAUGAAGAAAACUGAACCCAACCAAAUGUUGCCACCAUGUGGCCAAACUAAUGUUUCAUCUUCACAUCUGAUUUUCAUUGUUAUUUUUGUCUUUUUCCUUGAGAACAUGAUGACUGAAUAGAAAUUGUUAAAAGAAUAACUUGAUAUGUCUGUGUACUGUUGUUAAACAACAAACCUAAGUCGUAAUUUUAAGGAAAAUGAUGUAUUUGAAAUCAUAUUUGUGCUACUCAAACACAACGGGAUGUUAAAUAAAAAGAGGGGACAUUUUCA